GAAAUUUUUAAAGUAGGUAUAUAUUUAUAAUAUAGGUAAUAAAAACUAACUACAUACGUCUUUAUAUAUAAAUGUAUAAUGUACAACUACAGACUACAGUUUAUUUUAAGCAUUUGUAAAUUUCCCUCUAGUCAUUACACGUUAUCUUUUUUAGAAAAUAACAAACGGAUACUUAAUACUUAUAUAUUAUAUAUAAUAUAUAUAAUGUUAUCGCAAUCUUGCGGGAAGACGGACUUAAUCGUUUUCUAGCUAUUUAAUUGUUCCGUGUUCGCCAGUAUUAUCGUUCAGUGUGUUUUUCAGAAGUACCUAUUCACUGUUCAGUAAUAAUAUAAAAUAUAUAACGUGUAUUUAAUUUGAUUCUAUUUCUUAAUAAGUGUGAGUCUGUGUAGCUGUUUACUAUUGCAUUAUAUUUUAUACAUUUUUUGAAAAAUGAAACGAAGUUUGCCAUCUCAGUCGUCAAUAUUUAAUUUUUUUCAUAAGAAAACCAAUCAAACUGAAUUGGGUACAGAAUUAAUUACUACAGAAGAAGUUCCGUGUGCGUCUACUAUUGAAAACGGUGCAAUAGAAAGUACUGUAGAUUUACCAGAACUUCGAGAUAUUGGACGGUAUGUAGAUGUUAGAAUAACUGAUGAUAAAUUUAAGUACGAUUUAUUAAAAAAUCCGUGGCUUCCUUCUUCAAAUUUUAAUUUUCCGAUAGUGUCAAAAAGAAAAUUAAAAUUCCAAAUUUCUUGGUUAACACGUUUUUCUUGGUUGGUUUAUUCUAAACAACUAGAAGGAGCAUUAUGUAAAGUAUGUGUUUUAUUUUCUAAUGAGUGCACCGGAAAAGGUUCAAAUCAAAAAGUGGGUGCUUUAGUAAGUAAACCUUUUAUUAAAUGGAAAGAUGCUUUGGAAUGUUUUAAAUUACAUUCUAAUGCAGAAUACCAUAAAUUGUCUGUUAUACGAGCGGAAGAAUUUUUAAAAAUAAUAGAUAAUAAAAAACCAAACAUCUCUAUUGCUAUCGAUUCAGUACAUAAAAACAUAGUAUUGGAAAAUCGUGCUAAACUAGUUCCAAUUAUUGAAACAAUUAUUUUUUGUGGUCGUCAGGAAGUGGCAUUAAGAGGAGAUAAUGACAGUGGACCUAUUUUUAGUUGCAGUGCUGAUAACAAUGAUGGAAAUUUCAGAUCGUUGUUAAGAUUUAGAGCGCAAUCUGGAGAUUUAAUAUUGAAAGACCAUUUAGAAAAUUCAGCAGCUAAUGCUGUUUAUAUAAGCCCACUUAUACAAAACGAGUUAAUACAUAUUUGUGGUGCAUCCAUCCAGACUCAAAUAGUAACCAAAAUUAAAAAUGCUGGUUUUUUUUCUAUUUUAGCAGAUGAAACUUGCGACAUAUCACGAAUAGAACAAAUGUCCUUAUGUGUGAGGUAUAUUGAAGAUUGUAGUAUUAGGGAAGAUUUUUUAACUUUUAUUCCUAUUUAUGACGCAUCAGGAAAAGGAUUAGCCCGUACAAUAAUGAUUGAAAUAGACAAAUUAGGUUUAAAAAAGGAAAAUUUAGUUGGUCAAGGCUAUGAUGGAGCUUCUUCGAUGAGUGGUAUAUUUAAUGGAGUUCAAAAAAAUAUAUGCAAGAUAACACCUCACGCUUUAUACGUUCAUAUACGCCCAUUCGUUAAACCUCGCUGUUGGGCAACUAUGUAAAAAAAUACUAAUGCAUGAUAGUUGCUUUUGCAACGGCAUCAGCGGACUGUAUUUGUGUUGUAAAAAUGACAAUGAAUAAAACGUACAGUGUAUAACAAAACAAGAACAUAACCCCAAA